AUGUAUGAAAGGUCAGUGUGUACUGGUGGAGCUGCCGUCUGUGCUCAGGUGAGUCACGUGGGGAGGUAUGAAAGGUCAGUGUGUAAUGGCGGAGCUGCCGUCUGGGCUCAGGUGAGUGACGUGGGGAGGUAUGAAAGGUCAGUGUGUACUGGCGGAGCUGCCGCCUGUGAUCAGGUGAGUCACGUGGGGAGGUAUGAAAGGUCAGUGUGUAAUGGUGGAGCUGCCGUCUGGGCUCAGGUGAGUCACGUGGGGAGGUAUGAAAAGUCAGUGUGUACUGGCGGAGUUGCCGUCUGUGGUCAGGUGAGUGACGUGGGGAGGUAUGAAAGGUCAGUGUGUACUGGCGGAGCUGCCGCCUGUGAUCAGGUGAGUCACGUGGAGAGGUAUGAAAGGUCAGUGUGUACUGGCGGAGCUACCGUCUGUGAUCAGGUGAGUCACGUGGGGAGGUAUGGAAGGUCAGUGUGUACUGGCGGAGCUGCCGACUGUGCUCAGGUGAGUCACGUGGGGUGGUAUGAAAGAUCAGUGUGUACCGGCGGAGCUGCCGUCUGUGCUCAGGUGAGUCACGUGGGGAGGUAUGAAAGGUCAGUGUGUACUGGCGGAGCUGCCGUCUAUGCUCAGGUGGGUCACGUGGGGAAGUAUGAAAGGUCUGUGUGUGCUGGCGGAGCUGCCGUCUGUGCUCAGGUGAGUCACGUGGGGAGGUAUGAAAGGUCAGUGUGUACUGGCGGAGCUGCCGUCUAUGCUCAGGUGGGUCACGUGGGGAAGUAUGAAAGGUCUGUGUGUGCUGGCGGAGCUGCCGUCUGUGCUCAGGUGAGUCACGUGGGGAGGUAUGAUGGGUCAGUGUGUACUGGCGGAGCUGCCGUCUGUGCUCAGGUGAGUCACGUGGGGAGGUAUGAAAGGUCAGUGUGUACUGGCGGAGAUGCCGUCUGUGCUAAGGUGAGUCACGUGGGGACAUAUGAAUGGUCAGUGUUUACUGGCGGAGCUGCCGUCUCUGCUCAGGUGAGUCACGUGGGGAGGUAUGAAAGGUCAGUGUGUACUGGCGGAGAUGCCGUCUGUGAUCAGGUGAGUCACGUGGGGAGGUAUGAAAGGUCAGUGUGUACUGGCGGAGCUGCCGACUGUGCUCAGGUGAGUCACGUGGGGAGGAAUGAAAGAUCAGUGUGUACCGGUGGAGCUGCCGUCUGUGCUCAGGUGAGUCACGUGGGGAGGUAUGAAAGGUCAGUGUGUACUGGCGGAGCUGCCGUCUAUGCUCAGGUGGGUCACGUGGGGAAGUAUGAAAGGUCUGUGUGUGCUGGCGGAGCUGCCGUCUGUGCUCAGGUGAGUCACGUGCGGAGGUAUGGAGGGUCAGUGUGUACUGGCGGAGCUGCCGACUGUGCUCAGGUGAGUCACGUGGGGAGGUAUGAAAGGUCAGUGUGUACUGGGGGUGCUGCCGUCUGUGCUCAGGUGGGUCACGUGGGGAAGUAUGAAAGGUCUGUGUGUGCUGGCGGAGCUGCCGUCUGUGCUCAGGUGAGUCACGUGGGGAGGUAUGAUGGGUCAGUGUGUACUGGCGGAGCUGCCGUCUGUGCUCAGGUGAGUCACGUGGGGAGGUAUGAAAGGUCAGUGUGUACUGGCGGAGAUGCCGUCUGUGCUAAGGUGAGUCACGUGGGGACAUAUGAAUGGUCAGUGUUUACUGGCGGAGCUGCCGUCUCUGCUCAGGUGAGUCACGUGGGGAGGUAUGAAAGGUCAGUGUGUACUGGCGGAGAUGCCGUCUGUGAUCAGGUGAGUCACGUGGGGAGGUAUGAAAGGUCAGUGUGUACUGGCGGAGCUGCCGACUGUGCUCAGGUGAGUCACGUGGGGAGGAAUGAAAGAUCAGUGUGUACCGGUGGAGCUGCCGUCUGUGCUCAGGUGAGUCACGUGGGGAGGUAUGAAAGGUCAGUGUGUACUGGCGGAGCUGCCGUCUAUGCUCAGGUGGGUCACGUGGGGAAGUAUGAAAGGUCUGUGUGUGCUGGCGGAGCUGCCGUCUGUGCUCAGGUGAGUCACGUGGGGAGGUAUGAAAGGUCAGUGUGUACUGGCGGAGCUGCCGUCUAUGCUCAGGUGGGUCACGUGGGGAAGUAUGAAAGGUCUGCGUGUGCUGGCGGAGCUGCCGUCUGUGCUCAGGUGAGUCACGUGGGGAGGUAUGAUGGGUCAGUGUGUACUGGCGGAGCUGCCGUCUGUGCUCAGGUGAGUCACGUGGGGAGGUAUGAAAGGUCAGUGUGUACUGGCGGAGAUGCCGUCUGUGCUAAGGUGAGUCACGUGAGGACAUAUGAAUGGUCAGUGUUUACUGGCGGAGCUGCCGUCUCUGCUCAGGUGAGUCACGUGGGGAGGUAUGAAAGGUCAGUGUGUACUGGCGGAGCUGCCGUCUAUGCUCAGGUGGGUCACGUGGGGAAGUAUGAAAGGUCUGUGUGUGCUGGCGGAGCUGCCGUCUGUGCUCAGGUGAGUCACGUGGGGAGGUAUGAUGGGUCAGUGUGUACUGGCGGAGCUGCCGUCUGUGCUCAGGUGAGUCACGUGGGGAGGUAUGAAGGGUCAGUGUGUACUGGCGGAGAUGCCGUCUGUGCUAAGGUGAGUCACGUGGGGACAUAUGAAUGGUCAGUGUUUACUGGCGGAGCUGCCGUCUCUUCUCAGGUGAGUCACGUGGGGAGGUAUGAAAGGUCAGUGUUUACUGGCGGAGCUGCCGUCUUUGCUCAGGUGAGUUACGUGGGGAGGUAUGAAAGGUCAGUGUGUACUGGCGGAGCUGCCGUCUGUGAUCAGGUGAGUCACGUGGGGAGGUAUGAUGGGUCAGUGUGUACUGGCGGAGCUGCCGUCUGUGCUCAGGUGAGUCACGUGCGGAGGUAUGGUGGGUCAGUGUGUACUGGCGGAGCUGCCGACUGUGCUCAGGUGAGUCACGUGGAGAGGUACAAAUGGCAGUGUGUACUGGCGGAGCUGCCGUCUGUGCUCAGCUCGCAGUACUGGGAGCAGUCACACUUCCUCCCGCGUGUCGAGGGCAGCCCGGAAGUGCUGGCAAGAAUUAGCUCACGUGUCGCCGCGGGCAGGGAACGGCCCCAGUCCACAGCUCUGGUGGCCGUGCGGUUCCCCGCGGCCGCCCCAGGGGUGCAGCAGCGGCAGGGGUGGCCCGUGAGGCGGAGAAAAGGGAGUGGCAAUAAAAGGGAGGGAGGGAGGGAGGGCGGCCGCGGCUCCUCCGCCUCCGCCGCCGCCGCCGCCGCCGCCCCCGCCGCCCACGUGCAGACACGUCGCUCCCUAAUGGUGGGCGGCACGCGACCCGGCGCCGGCCACCGCGCUGUCUGGCCCGGAUUACCCGCUUAUACCGGCCCUGCGCACGCGGCGGUCACGCAGCCCUCACAACGACAGGAGGUAUAA